ACGCUCCCCCUCGACGACGAGAACGACUGCACGCCCCGCUCCGAGGUGCCUUCGGUGCCAGACGCCCUCAACGCCAGUCUCUUGUCGCAGAUUCACACCCUCGACCCGGAGCCCUCCUACUUCUCUCCACAACCCCUCCGAGUCUACUCGUCGCCCCUUCCCCGCGACUCGCCCGCCUCGACCAACCCCUCGCCCAGCACCAGCGCACAUGCUUCACAGGCCUCCCUCACCACCGUCAACGAGGCCCCUCACUCGUCGACUCCGCACCCCGACCGCCCUGCCUUUAUGCGAGACCUCUCGAGUGCAUCCACGGCCAGCAACGCGACUGUACGAGCCAACUCGGUAGACCCCAUCCACCCCUACGCCUACCCUCACACCCACACCCACCCUCACGCCCUCCCUCCACGCCAGCGCGAUGGGCCAGUCUACCCCAACCAGUCCUAUGCCGCUCUUCACCUGCAGCAGUACCCCCAGCCCUAUGUCCCGCCCAUCAUCCGCUCCCGCAGCUCCCACCCCUCGCACUCGGCCGCAAACUCGCUGUCCAGCCUGGCCGCCUUCGGUCUCUCCCACGAGCACUACAGGGACAUCAUGGAGUCGGCUCCACGCACUGUUGGCAAUUCUCCCGUGAGCAGCCCCGGCCUCUUCAACCCUACCAACCGCCGCCCCUCCCAGGAGCCCGAUCAGCCCGACGAUGGCACCUAUUCCACGCCCUGGCUCCACCAUACCCACAGACAAGCGCCCAAGGAGACCCACAUUGCCGAUGUCCAGGCCGACCCCGUUUCCGGACGCAAGAUUGUGAACCAGUACGAGAUUAUCGACGAGCUCGGCCGGGGCGUCCACGGUAAGGUCAAGCUGGGCAAGGACCUGGUCCACGGCCGAUACGUCGCCAUCAAGAUUGUCGACCGCUACUCCAAGCGUCGACGCCUCGGCAAGAACAACAGCCACGAAGACAAGAUCAAGCGCGAGAUAGCCAUUCUCAAAAAGGCUCGUCACCCCAAUAUUGUCAGCUUGCUCGAGGUCAUUGACGACCCAGCUAAGAAGAAGGUCUACAUCGUACUUGAGCACGUUGAGCUGGGCGAGGUCAAGUGGAGGACCGAGGGCGCUAGGGAGAUCUGUCUUGUCGAAUGGCGUCGCUUCAAGCGUGAGUCCGAAGGCAUUUUCGACAACGACAGUGCAACACUAGAAGAUGAACGCAUCAUCCGUAUCGCCCACCAGAAGCUUGCUCGGCAGCAACGUCGCAUGGCUAGGGAGGCACACCUUCGUCGGAAAGACGGCUCCUCUAACCAGCCAUGGAGCCUGGAAUUUGCAACCGACUCGGAAGACGAGUAUUCUGAGAACGGGCGUAGCUCGGUAGCAUCUUACCGUGAAGACGAUCGUCCACUCAAUCGUGUCCAUUUCCGCGAGCGACCAGACCCUGUGAGCCACCACGAUGACCACAUGGAGACCGCUUUCCGAUCGCCUGAGCCUGUGAACAACUCCUGGGCUGAUGGGCUUGAGGGAACCAUGUACGGGCCAUACGACACGGAGCUUAGCAGAGGUCGCGUACCAAGCGUUGCUGGCAGCUCCUCGUCUCGUGUGACUGACCCUGGUGAAGAAAUCCCUGAACACUUCAACUACGUCCCCUUGAUGACCAUACACGCUGCCUGGGAAGCCUUCAAAGAUACUGUGCUAGGCAUAGAAUACCUGCACUAUCAGAACGUCAUUCAUCGUGACAUUAAGCCCGCCAACCUUCUUGUUACCAGGGAGCAUCGUAUCAAGAUAUCCGAUUUUGGUGUAUCCUAUCUGGGACGGCAAAAGACAGAUGAAAGUAACGGCGAGCAUUCCGAGUCUGACUACCAAGAAGUUGACGAAGCCAUUGAACUAGCGAAGACGGUAGGCACUCCAGCCUUCUACGCCCCUGAGUUAUGUCGUACAGAGAUCGACGCCGAGACCCCCCUCAUUGAUGGCGGAAUCGACAUCUGGGCCCUCGGCGUCACGCUAUACUGCCUUAUCUAUGGUCGCGUGCCUUUUCACGACACCAACACCUUCACUUUGAUGAAAGUCAUUAGCGAAGACGAACCCUAUAUCCCCAGGUACCGGUUGAAGCCUGUUGCUGAGCAAUCAAACUCGCGGCCCAACUCACACGGACGUAACAGUCAGCCGAUGAUGAGUAGCAAGCGGGCACCGCAUGACCUCGAGUACGAAGAGGUCGACGAAAACCUACGCGAUCUACUCCGACGACUGCUGAUCAAGGAUGCAAGACGACGCAUAACUAUACCAGAGAUCAAGCGCCACCCAUGGCUACUGUCUGGUAUUCCUAACCACGUCUCGUGGGCUGAAGAGACGGACCCCAGCAAGUCUUACGAUGGAAGAAGGAUUCAGAUUUCCAAGGAAGAUGUUGAAGAGGCUGUUGUCCCAAUUGGCUUCGUUGACCGCCUCCGCUCCGCUGCUAAGAAGACAUCUGAGUUUGUCAAAGGUUUCACAACCCGCAGUUCAGGUUCAAGACGGCGCGCACAGAGCUCAGCCACCAACCAGGACGCUCCUCCAAGCAUCAGCGCGAACUCUUCGAGCAGUACUAUCAGUCAAGAUGCUCGCCCGUACGAAGGUCGACGUGGCAGCCUAGCACCUGGCGCUAUCUUAGAGAUUUUGACUCGCUCGCGUGAAGCAGAGCACCCGCUCUCUCAUAGUGUUACAGCAAGUCCGGAAGCAAGAGAACGGUCAAAAUACUUCGAUAGCCCCAACUCCCGUACUGCAUCGCCCGCGCAGAACCUCGAAGGCCUGCAGCGACCUCAGAUGCAAGACCGCGCCCUGUCUUCGAUAAGCACUAUCCGCCAAGCAGACCUGCACCACCCAGGUCGAUCGGCGUCCCCUGGUUUCCCUCCAGCUCUACCAGGUACUCCCACGGCCCUAGACACACCUGGUGGCUCACAGUUAGGCGGUCUCUUCGGAGGGUUGCCUCGGCGUGUCGUCAACAGCAUGAGGAGCAAAGACAAAUUGAAGCCCCCAAAAGAGCAUAGCCGCGCGAGGUCAAUCGACAGGCUUGUUGGCGCAGACGACGAUGCUCAUGGCGUCCCAAGCCUGGCAAUCAGCACCACAUGUGCUUCUGGUCAGGUCAAUCAACCGGACGCCCUAAAAGACCUAUCUCCCAUUGCUCGAAGCUCAUCGCCUAGUCAUUCGGACGCUCUAUCUUUUGGACGUCUUGAUCCCUCGUCGCGGCAAUCUUCGUUGUCGUCACUGUCGUCACGCCUCCACAGAAAUUGGGCAACUGCUAAUAACCUCGAGGCUGGUCCCACUCUUGCUAUGGCGCCCGAAUCCAGGCGAUCAUCGCAAUUGCUUGACCAAAGACCUUCCAGGCCUACCAGCCCUAGUUUGAUUGCAAGAGAAAGGUCAGAGGACCGAUUUGACCGUGCCAAGGAUGAGUAUCGUCGUAGACUUGGGGUAGAACAAUCAGCAGCUCGUGAGAGGUCCAGUUCUAUUACACAACGACCUCCUUCUUCUCUCGCCCAGACUGCCUGUCCUCCAAGUCCAGAUGACGAGAUAGCCUUCCGUCAGCAAAACGAUCAAGAAGGCUGGCACCGAAACGAUCAGUCCUCCGAGAAUAGUCCUCUCGGUGGAUCAAGCCGCGGCUUGGCUCUUUCUUCCUCCGAAGACCAAUUCUCCGCCAUGUCUCAGUCUGAGUCGAACCCAUCAAUUCCAUCGGUUGCGUCGGCUGGUUCCCCUAAUCAAGGUGCAUGCGGAUCGUUUGAUGAACAUUCCUGGAUCUCCCCUGUUUCUGGCAGUCGAUUCGAAGCCUCUAUCGACGACGCUGAUGGCUACGACGGCGAUCACGCUAUCGAGAGCGAAGAAGAAGACGAGGACAGUGAAGACGAGUUGGUCAUGAGCUUUGCUAAGAAGAAGACGCCAGCCGCGCCUUCGUCACAUCGGAGCAAUUCAGUAUCCAAUGGAGAACUAGCUCGCGCCAACUUUCACGCAGGAAUUAACAGCCGCCGUCGAUCGACUCGGAGUGGGAGCAACGGGACAGUCAAGAAGGUUCCUCCACCCGAG